AUGGCCUUCCCGGCUUUCAUAAAAGAUGGCGUGGAUUUUUCUGUCAGUGGCGUUGGUGGUGUUCAUUGCCUCCAGUAUCUUUCACUCCGUCAGAAGUUUCUUGAAUCGGUAUUCUACUGCAUUUUAUCACUCUGCGGCAUAUUUUGGGCCUUACCCAAAUUGAACCCGCCCUUUGACUCUCCACUUGUCACCAGAAACCUGCAGACCAGGAACAGUCUUCUUUGUGCACACUGCAUUGUUUUUGGAAUUGAGGUGGGCUUCAAGUUCGCCACUUCGUCCUUCAUAUGGAUCCUGAACCCGUGUCACCUACUCACCAUCAUCCAGGCAAGCAGGACCUGAUGAAUAUCUAGCUGCUGCAUUUUCCGUUUCGCGCCUAUGUUUCUAUUUUUACGUGCGUCAAUGCGCCUCUGUCUUUGGUUAGAUUCAACACUUUGAUGUGAGGCUUUCUGUUAAUACAAUCGUCUACGCUUUGUUUUUUUUCAACCGGCUCAGAAGCUUCUAUUUGUGAAAUAUGCUUUUCGUUUGCGUACAAGAGUUGGACCGCGCCAUCAUGUUAAGGCACUACAUGUUUAACCUUUGUAGCACUUUUGUCACUAGUCUGCAAGUUAUUUUACUACAUAGAUUAUCUUCGCGAAGGUGCCCUUUCUUGACCGGGCGUUGCCAUUGUAGUAUUGCCUCAGACGUCAGAUAUCACUUUACCAAUGCUUUUGUGCUUCUGUAUUGCCGUUCCAGACUACACUACUUGUCAUUAUUUGAAUUGACGAAGGGGACUUUCAAAUCAACUUUCCGCGGCCGCCCGUUUAUUUGGUUUUUAUUCCAAGAUGUAUUCGAUGCACACCUUGCCAACUUUAAGUUAUGCUGAUUUGACUCCGAGUUUGGUGUAAUUACCCCUGCAGACAUUCAAAUGUAGCUGCUUGUUAUUCUCUCCGUCAGAUAUGGUUGCUUCUGGCAGAUCCAUCUGAGGUUGUCACUGGCGUUUUUCGGAUUCAUCUUCACAUGUUGAACGGUCCACUUCUGGCACUCAUUUUCCCUGUUGUAAAUACACGGAUUGUGAGUCUUCCUUUCAUAUAUUUUUAAUGCUUGUUUUUCUAACGUUUGGUGGUAUUGUCUUCCACUCUAUCAUUAGGUAAAGCCUCUAAAGUGAACCUCCCUAAGACCUUGUCCAGUAUGUGGCCCAAGACUGAGUAGGUCGAUUUUGACACUUUGUCAGAAUAAUGUCUGUAUAGGGCCAAAUUUCUGGCGUUGCCAUGCCAGCUAACACUGCUCUCCACCAAACCUCAAAGGCGACUAGUUUUGCUUUUCCUCGUCUUCUUGCGGUGGUUGCGGUCAAAUUUCUGUCCACUGUAGGUCUUUUUCUUUUACUUUCUGAUGCGAAGACUCCAAUGGUUUAGAUAGUCAACCUCGUCCCCAAUGUCUGACUGCGUUCGUCUUGAGUGAGACCUCCGAAAUUGGCUCCUAGAUGCAUACUAAGCGUCAGCAGGAAUCUCUGACUACUAUUCUAUAAAUUUUAUGCGAUGUGUAUCAAAGUUCCCUAUAACUCGACGCGAUUCAGCUGUGAUCUCACAGAAAAUAACGGAUGGUAAACUCCUUUGCAUCAAGUUUCUAGUGAUCUUUUAUCUGUCAUCGAUGUGCUCGCCAAUGUUGCAUGUAUAUUUUAGCUUCCUUUCGAGACUGCUGUGUACUACCUACAGCACCUGCUUAUCCUCCUUAUUCCAGCUUUGCUAAUUGACCAACGAUGUGAGUUUCUCGAUUUCUCCUUAAUAAGGAAAGUUCCAUUGUCUGUGCAUAGUUAGAAUCCCAUGCUUGUAAGCAAUUUUAUAGGACCCGCGUGUUAGACUAUGCCUUUGUCGCGACAUUUCUGUAGACGAGCUUUUAUGCAGUCGUUCCAAUUUUAAUCUUUUUCACAUUCCUCCUAAACGAAAUCUCACGCAGCAGGAGUAAUCAAUGUGUGGUAUUCUUUCCCAAUCUCGGUCAUUUCGAUGUAAAAUAGGCAAGGAAACGGUCUUUUUGGAGUAUUUGAAUUGCCAUAGAUCCUUUAAAACCGAUUUUCUGCUUUGAUUUUCCGACUUCUGGACUGUUUUAUCAAAAAUGUGAGUAAAUACGAGAGAAAGAACAAAUUCAUCGUCCAUAAACAGGCUCACUUUGUCAAAGCACGAACUAAUCCCAAAGCCAAGUAUUCUUAAAAGUAGUGUUUUCUGUAUUUUUGAUGCUUCAAAGCAAUGGUUGAUUUGAAAAAAUAUCUCCGGCAAUUUUUUCAGUUAGUUUGUGCGCAAAUAUUUGUUGGAGCCAAUUCUGUUGUAAACAGCAAAACAUUGGUGCUUUAGGGGAUUUCUUAUCAGAAAAGAAAGCAGAAAUGCCUGACGUUUGUGAAACUAAAAUUUGCCCGAGGCUCCCUGAAAAAAAAUUUGCUGUGUCCUCUGACACCUUUCCUCCGGAUUGCAGAUAAGCCCCGAGUCAAUCUCUGAGGGCAUAGGUUUCCAGCACAUCAUACCAAGACCUGAUGGAAGUCGGGGGUUCUGACAAAGAACUCAAUGGCUGGCCAAUACAACACUAGCCAGUGUAGCUAGUUCGGAGCGCUCACUGCAAACCAGGCGCUCUAGACCACCGACUGCCGCAAAGAAUCAUAUAACUUUUGCUUGCUCUUUCGGUUCCUUGUCUCUGAUGCAGGAACUUCAUCCGAGAUCUCGGAUGAAAAAGAUAUCUGUCUGGUUGACCCAACAUUCCUUCACUUUGUAUCAACUCGUCUCAAAUGUUCUAACUUCCUCCCUCCCUUGCACUUAAUUAUACAUCUGGGAAAGAAGUCUGUUAAAUCUAUGAAAGCUGAUUUCACUUAACUUGUCAAUGCACUAAGCUUCGUAGUCGACUGCAGUAUGUGCGUUAUUAUUCUGAGAGCUUUGACAAUGCGGGGUUUCUUCAUCGGAGACUGCCAACAGGGACGAUCUACCGUAAUGCACUCUCGUCUUUUCCAUAUCCUUCUGCACUGUUUUCGGUUAUUUCGCUUUCACGUACCGUCCCGGGACUUCCCUACGUAAUUUCUGUAUUAUAGCUGCAUAUUCCGUUGAACCACUGCUGGAUUUUUCAUGGGUUAUUUUCGCGCUUAGCCUCCAAGUCCUCUAUCACUUUCUCGUGCUACAGCCCAUAUCGGUGGUGAGUGAUUUUUUGAACACCUCCAAUGCUGUUUCAUAUCUGUAUUUCUAAAUGCCGUUUUCAUCAAAUCGUUGCUUUCAUUGCAGAUAACCUUGGUGAAUCUGAACAAUAUGCUUUGUCCGGCUGUUAGCGACCCCUUUGCUGGGCCAUACUACCGUGUGAUGGCAAUGACCCACCAGCCCUUGCUCAUCCUAAUUCUGGGCAAAGUAUUUGCUUGUCUAGUCUUCAAACUAAAAGGGGGUUCGGCCUCCAAACUGGAGUUCAGCUGUCGGCGGACGACUGUUUUGUUAACGCGUGGCACUUCAUACGCUGAAGUAGAUUUCGUCGGAUCGAAAUGAGAUUCUACCCCUGAUUUCUAUUUAUGUUGCGCAUAUUAUUGUGAUUUGGCGAACUCACAAUCGCUUAUGCCGCUUCCCUAGAGACUAUGACCGUCCGACCGCCCCAUUGACCGUCUCCCUGACGUAUUCCGGUUAAUGGUUAAGCGCGGCCCGAGUGCCCGUGUCUGUCGCAUACUCUAUUCACUGUAGUCUAUUCACGUCCUAUUAGCUGUCCAUUCUGGCGUCGUGCCUAGCCAAUGUAGUCGACCUAUUCUGCCCCCCUUCACCCCUCAAUUUCGAAACAUUUUAGAGCCUUGUCUCAUUUCGACAGGCUUUUUUCGGGCUUUUGCUCUUUCCAUCCCUCCCUAUCUACUCACUUUUCCUAUUUUCUCUUAUAACCUCCGCAUUUCUGCCCACAUUCCUCUAAUUUUUAAUUUUCCAAGUGAUAAUCACUAUCCUUCUCAGUGCAAAUACGCCUGCCUUCUUCGUGCAGAUUUUAUGUCUUUCAUGAUGUCCUUUUUGAGACGAAAUAUAAUUGAGCUUGCCGAGAUCCGCUGUUAGACUUUCUAUUGGAAUGUGUGCAUCUGUGUCUGUUUUGCAGUUUGUUUUCAUUUUGCGCACAGCUGGCUACUUAUUGUACCACAACAAUUUUUUCCAUCCCACAAACGCACUCUAAAGAUUAUUAACGUUAUCUAGAUGCAACUUUUGUCUGAGAUGCGCUGAUAGUGCUGUCGACUUAUUUUUCUAGGUGCCAACUGGAGGGGAGUAGGGUUCGUCAUUUGCUUUGCAUAAAAUAUGGAAGUCUGGGUUGCCAAGUGACCCGACGUUGUCGCGGUCUCCUGGCUCCCCUCAGUGCGUGUUUAAAACAUUCACAGAUUCUGGUACGCUGGGCCUUCACAAUCUUCAUGUGAUUAGCUUCGGCAAAAGCCUAACUGUUAUCUCUGCAUCCGAUCGAAAUAUUCAGCAAAACCAUUUGUGAACUCCACUGUGUGGUAGGGGACAAGCGUUCUGCCUGCACUGUUUAGCAGCUCCCCACCUACAUCUAAUCAUACCUCCAAAUCUGUGUAGAACUGCAGUUGACGCCCAUCUUGGGAAUUACAAAAUCCAUUCAAUAAGCUUGCGAAUUCAUGCACCGGAAGCCGAGUCAGGGCUUCGUUGUGUGAACUGGUUUCGUACAUCUCAGUCCUACGUCUCUCGCAGCCGUACUUUGUUGACUGCAUAACACGCAUGACCCUUCUAUGCCAUGUAGCGACAGUGCAAUUUGAAUAGGGCACCAUCCUGAAGCGUUUUCAGCGUAUACCUGACUUUUGUUAGUUGUCUCGUUUGUUCCGCGAUGUAUCAAUCCUUCGGGUCCAUCUGGGAUUUUCAGCCGUUGGGGCAGCUGGACGGACAGACGUGCCGAUCAUAAUAUAUGUCCGCGUCAAAAAUUCAACUUUGCAGUUUGAGAUAUUACUCUUUCCGGAGGGUUGUGGAGAGCUUUCAGUCUGAAGUAAUUAAAAAUCUCCCGAACGUAGUGUCAACCGACAUUUUCGUCUUUUUGGCCUUUGAUCUCUUUUAUUGCUUUUAAUUUCUCCAACUUGGAAAUAUUCUUUAGCCAUCAUGCCACCAACAGUGACAUACGGUCCUCAGCUCAAGCUCUCUAGUCCGCCUGGAGAUACCAUAAGUGACGUGCGCUUUCAGCCAGGCAAGGGUGCUGAAUUCUUAAUUGCUUCGUCGUGGGAUUGUUCUGUCCGUCUCUAUGAUGUCACCUCGGGUGGCCAACGCACCUCAUUUGAGCACAGGACACCCGUCCUGGCCAGCUGCUUCACCGACGCUGUACACACUGUGAGCGGCUCUCUAGAAGGGGACUUCAAGUACUUCGACUGUAACACCUCCCAAGGUAAGAAGUCGUACAAUGUGCACUUAAAUCAAUCUCCAGACUUUAGUAUCCAGAAGGAGAGGGGACGAAAAAUGCAUCUUCUUAUUGUUCGAACUGACAGACUGUUAUGACCCGGCUUAGUACUUGAAAACACGUGGGAACGUAUGCACACUCCAUUCUUGUCUUCAAUACCAUAGCGGCAGAGAAGGAGAACACUACCGGCCACGUAAAAGUGUAUUAGAACUGCAAGACAAGACCAACUGCAGGUAACGCGUACUUAUAGCACCCUACUGUGGCUCGCCUGCAUCGAACGGGAUGCAGGACCGGGAUUUCACACAGCAAGAAUUGUGAAGGGUCGGCUCGCAUCCCAACUGCGUGGGAGCUUCAUAAAGGUCACACUGAGAAGGAUCCGUUGUAGCGUGGCUCUGUCCGGAGAGAAUAACCGGGUUAUUCCGUCAGUCGGCAGGCUUCCAGGUCGCGGCUUUUAGCGCAGCGUGACACAAUCAAGCGCACCACUACACUGUCUGAGUCGGUCAGUCAAGUUAUGCGGUGUUCCGGCACAGUGGGCAGUGCGAACAGUGAAGGCGGAUGCAGCGAGUGCACGUCGGGGCUCCUGGCACUGGUCCGCGUGUAUCGGUGCGACGGAUCUGCAAGUGACUGGCCAGCAUGAUGCGUCAGAUGGAGGCGCAGACAGGCCAGGAUCGAGUCCAAUUUGGUGAUGGUGGUAAUGGUUUGUUGGAUGUUGGGUGUGUUCUCACUAGUGGUAGGUGUUGAAGAGGUGGUAGUUGUCGUCGCGGGAUUUUUACAGGGAUGAAAGAGGCGAUUCCGGUCGACGACGUCGGCUGGGGUGCUGGGACAUCAGGAUUGGAAUCAGUGGUGGCGGUGGUGGUCGUCCCCGUGGUGGUUUUUGCAAGAGUGACGAUCUAACGUUUGCAAAAGCCGCAUGUGCGGUUGUCGGGUUGUUGUUGAACUGGGUCCUAAGAUGUCCGACUAGGCCGAUCCGUGCACGAAAUGUUCGUUGACAACGUAUGUUCGAGGUGGUUGGGUGUUGCCGUUGUGGGUCAAAGACGCUUUAGAUUUGCGAGCCGCUCAUUUGGCUUUGCCGGCGACGAUCCGAUUGACUUCGUUUAUUUCUGCUCCAGUCUUCACUGAAACUGGCCAGGUCGGUCGGUCUUGGGCGAGGUUCACCUAGGUCACCGGAUUGAUUUGCAAUUCCUUAAGGGAGAUACGCAGACUGUCCUGACAGCGUCGUUUUUGCUCGCCUUGUCGGCGAGCAUCUGCAGCGAUAUCGCCGUAGAAGAGUUGCUUGAGUAUGCGCGGUGUGUUCCAAGAUUUCCGUGUCCGAAUUCCUGUCCUGUCACUUUACCUUUAUUCUCCGGGGACAGCUGAGGUGUAAGUGACCGAGUUUCCUGACUUGAUUGGUGUAGGCGGUCUGUGUCUCCGUCCCGUGUGUUAGCGUUGUCGAGACUACAGUCCUGUACAUCUUGAGCAACGUGUUGAGUUGAAGUCCGUGGCGCUUCCAGACGGAGGCCUGCAGCCUGCCAAAGGCAUGGCCGGCUUUGGAGGUCCGGCUGGGUCAUUAAUUUUGGUGCUGUUUGAGAAUGGACUGUGUAAAUAAGCCAACUUGUCCGCGGUUUUCGCCUGUGUACCGUCGACAGUGACGAGGACGUAUUCAGUGUCGGGUGACGGAUGAUGCAUGACAACCGCCUUGUCCGUGUUGAUGGUCAGCCCGAAGUUGGCGCAGCCGGAGACGAAGAGAUCUAUGCUCCGCUGCAUGUCUGCUCCUGUCGCGGUGUUGAGCGCGCAUUCGCCUGCGAAGAGCCAUUCAUGAACGCUGGUGGUGGAGAGACCCAUUAGGGUCCGUAUGCGCCGGGUAUUGAGAAACUGGUCGUCGGUCCUGUAGACGGUGCGGAUCCCAGAGCGCUCACCGCGGCAGGCGUCCAUCAGCAUGGCAGAGGACAUGAGACCUCAGAGGGUGGGAGCGACUGCGCAGCCCUGCUAUACUCCACUGGUCACAGCGAAUGCUUCUGAGACUACCAUCCCUGACGCGCGCCAACAUCCCGUUGUUGAGUUGGCGCACCAUGUACGCGAAUCGCUCAGUGCAGCCGAAUUUCUGCGUGACUUUCCAAAACCCGUUGCGUUUUACCGUGCGAAGGCUUUCGUCAGGUUCACGAAGGCAGUGUAGAGGUGGGCCCACAUUUCCUGGCAUUCUUGCAGUUGGCGGACGACGAAGAUCACGUCAGUAGUUCCGCGGUGUAGUCCGAAGGCACACUGGUUCUCCGAAAGAAGUCCGUGUUUCAGAUGGCCGUUAAGACGAUUAAGAGGGAUACGAGCGAAGAUCGUUCCGGCAAUGUUGGGCGACGAGGUUCCUAUCAUUAUUACAGUUGCCAGCUCCGUCUCCGCUUGUGGAGAUGGGAGAUUGUCGUGUCCUUGAAAUCCUGAGGGACUUGCCCUCGGCGCCACAUCUGGAAUAUCGUACCAGGUUUGUCCAUCAGCCGAGAGCUGUCGUUCCUGUAAACUCUAGCCGCAGUUGUGUCGCAUCCCAGUGCUUUCCCGCUGGAGAGCUGGUGCAUUGCUCAGAUGGUUUCUGGGAGGGGUAUCCACGUCAUUGUUCGUUUCCACCUGGGAGACCCGGUCGAUUGCGGCGUCGGAGAUUGUAUAUGGGCGAUUGAGGACGGUUUUGAGGUGCCCGGUCGAGCUCUUGUGGAUUUGCGAUUUCAUCAUGAGUUGCACCCUCGGAGCUGGGCGGCGGAACGGUUCCUUUGACUGUGAGACUGUAGACCAUCCCGAUUGGUGCGAACAAAUUUCUGGUUCCACUGCGGCCCACGUACCCUUGGAUUCCCUCAGUCAUGCAGUCCAUCCAGGCGUCUUGCAUCGCCCGUAGCCGUUGCCUUGCAAAGCGGCUAAGUCGUUUGCGUGGGCCCAGUGGUCGAUACGGAUUUUGUGCAACCUGUUCUUUUCGGCAAGUAGGUUGCUGAUAUCUGCAUCGUUGCCGAACCGGUCCUGGUUUUGGUGCUUUGCUUGACCGAGGAUGACCAGGGCAGUUAAGCAACGUUCCGCAGUUGACAUCACCGUGUCCCCAUGGUAUCAUAAGAGAAGCUAUGGGCCGAACCUCUAUUUGUGAUAACAAUGCUAGGGAGUUUUUAAGAAAACCCUGUUCUCUUAGGGACCGCGAAACAUUGUCACACUAUAUUUAAAUAAACUACAGUGACGAACCGUACGAACCUAGCCAAUGGUUUUUUUCAGACAAAAAGUUAAUAUAUGCGCACUAGAUGUCCUUCGGAGCUCAGUGUAUGCGAACGAUUGAUCACAGGUUUUUGUAAGUCAACCAAAAGGCAAGCCUUGCAUUCUAUUGAGUGCCCAAGACGGACUGAUUCGUUUUUUUCAUCGGAGGAUGAAGCCAUACGGGCGCAUUAGUUGUUGUCAUUUCCGUGGUAGCCUACUUUGACAAAGGCUGUGUGAUAUUCCGGAAUCUUCGUGUUCCCGUAACAACGUAAUGAACAAUUCUAUGCACCGUUAAAUCUAUUCUCAUAAAAGACUGAGGAGGAUAGGGAGCUCAGACACCCUUAGUUUAUAUAUCGCUGAACGGCUGGUCCAGAUGUCGACCACCCGGAUUCGCGCCGACUGGUCUUUUGACGAAACCAUAGAGGACACGUCUGUCCGCUGUGCGAACAAUCAAUACUCAUGUAUUUCUGCUGCAUGUAGCGUACGUUAUUCUAAUUUUUCGGGUUCCAUGUUUUCCGUAAUCCGUCAUUAAUGAUGUUUAAUUGCUAAGACUAUGUUGUAUUUUUGAGUUCAGAAGCUAUUGGAACUAGUAAAACCGCGCCCUGUGUCGUCAACAUGGGCCUCCACCGUGCUUAUUCUAAAUAAAAUUUAUCAUUCACUCUUGUGAAGAGCGGUUUACUUUUGCGCGGAAGAACUUGGUCUAGUUUGUCAUCUUGUUGCGACUGGUUGUUUGGCGGGUUAGGUUGCCUUAAGUAUCUCGGAAUCGGCGGUGUCUUGUUUCCCUGUAUCCAGUCCGUCAACAACGAGAGCCGACCGUAAAUACCUCUGCAGAUUGUACUAGUGACCGUAAGAAUCUACGUCAUUCUUUUAAAUUUAUUUCUUAUGCCACGUUCGCGCAGAGAUGGAUAAUUUGAAAACGAAAUAUUUUUGUAAAAAAAUGACCUUGCUAAUUGUCUGCGCUCAAAACGGCAUCGUGAUUAAAUCCUGGUGUGCUUCCUUGUCAACCGACCAUUAAACUGACUGGCGCAACGUUUGAGUCCGGCCCAGAUACUCCUCGGCAAGUCCAAGUACGGUGCUGCUUGUCCUCGGCUAUCAGCUCGGAUUUUGUAGGUCCAACCUUUGCAAUGACGCUUGACAUCAACGCCUAACGGCGCUCCAUAAAAAUCUGAGAAAUUCGAGCGGGGCUAACUCUCAACUACAAUUUUCUCAGCAACUAAUUCUUCCUGUGCGUGCCUACCAAGUGAAAAUAUAUGCAGACUUCAGAUCAAUGCUGAAAUUAACACGUCUUUUCUUUGUUUUCAUCCUAGUGACCCUUCUCGGCCGGUGUGCUCGCGCCGUGAGCGCUGCCCUAUAUAACCCCACUAUUCAGGCAUCCGUGACGGGUAGCUGGGAUCAGACGGUUCGAAUAUGGGACGCUCGGGCUGCCUCAGGUGACUCUACGAACGACGCCACCGGAGGCGCCGUCUCGGUGCACAAACAACCCGACAGCGUCUACACCAUGGACAGUGUUCAACAUCAGUUAGUCGUCGGAACUUCUGGGCGCCACGUCCUCAUAUGGGACCUUCGACAAAUGAGCGCCCCCAUUGAACAGCAGGAAUCCACGCUACGUUACCAGACGCGCUGUAUUCGCUGUUUCCCUAAUGGUCAGGGAUACGUGCUGAGCUCCAUUGAGGGUAAUUGUGAAGAUUCUUAUUUUAUGAUGCCGUUGUUUUUCCGCGCUUUCUUCCUAAACCUUUAUAUUUCCAGGUCAGAUCACCUUUUAUGAAAAUUCCUAACACCUCUCUUAUUUUAACAAGUGGUCUUCAGUCUUGUCGAAUAUGCCGAUACCAUCACACCGCUGGAUCGGAGUGUACCAUCGUCCUUCACUUUGACUGGUCCCAUAUAUCACGUAGGGAGAGUGGACGACAGCCGUUGCGUCUGCCUGUUAGUUCGUUCAGAGUCGAAACAGGAAAAGUUUUCUGCUACCAGUUUAAGGGCUUCGGUCUCCCCGAAAAUCAGAGUUGUCUUGCCCCUCUCGCCCACUACUGCUUUCUCGAGAAUUCUGGUGGUUUCGACCUAUCCGUGGAGCCAUGUACUUUGCACAUGGUAGCCUUCAUAACCACAUGUACGGUCACAUAAAUAGGAAGCGUUCCUGAUUGUCGAACGUCUGCAUUAUCUAAUUAAUAUUCGAGUCUGAAAUGCACUCGUAUUGAUCCGGACGAUUACUUCAUCUGACCAGCCAUAUUGCCGACCAGAGAAAAUUAAAACAACGAUUUGUGUCGCCAGGCGAGCCAAUUUGCUGGAUAACACUACGAGCUGCGAGUCGUGACCUCCCUAUCCAACCGCAUUCCUCUUUAUCUGUUCAUACCCUCACUGUAAGACUUUGUUCAGAUCAGCCGACGACCCCAACUUCCUCCGGAUUCCUUUUAUGCCCUGGGUGAUUUUGAGGCAGUGGCGACCUCCUUUGGGCUCUGCUCAUGAGUAGCGCGGAGUCGAUAGCGGCUCGGCCAAACGAUGUUUAUUGGCCGGAUUUAUAUCUUUCACCUCUUAGUAAAAAUUAUGUUUCCCUUUCUCCCCUCCUGCGAUUGAGGGAAUAAACCGGGGGCGUGCGCCCACAUUCAGAAUGAACUUCAGCAGGCUUUGCUUCUGAAGUCCAAGCAAGGAGGAGCAAAGAUGUGCGUGGCUAAGAGUACACCGGCAACGGUACUUGCAAUGCAAUGCAAUUUUCGAAAGUCACAUACUUAUUUUUGGGCCAUUUUUCUGAGUGCUCACGAUCACAAAGGCUUCCUUUACCCGUAUUCGUAGUUCCAAAAUUAUCGCUUAAUUAAAUUCCGUUUACUGUCUUUUGCCUACGGACUCAAAACUUUGUUUCCAAGGUGAACAUGUUUCGACUGGUAUUGUGCACUGCGCAGUUCUUGGUACCUUUUUUGCUCGAUCGUGAUAAGGCAAAGCGUAUCUUCUCUUCCCUCCCCCAUGGCUUCUUAGGGCGCGUUGCCGUCCGUAUGUUCGACAAGAGUCAGGAGACCCAGAAGAAGUCCUACGUCUUCAAGUGUCAUCGUGUAAAGGACGAUAAGAUGGAGACCAUAUAUCCUGUCCUUUCAAUCUCUUUCCACCAACGUUAUAAUACAUUCGCUACUGGUAAGGCCUUCCACUUCUCAUUCCCAUAUAUACGCGUCUUUUGAUUGCUAAAAACCGUAGAGCUAAGUCUAUCUCUGUUGUGCAACUUCAUAAGCAAGGUAGAUUUAAAUGGAGCUAUGAAAAAUUUUCCAUACACCGUCAGUUGUUUCGUCUGGAGGCCGCUUCGAUGAUAAACUAUUUAAAUUGCGAGCAGACACACCACCCCUCUACUGCGGCUUUGAUUGCGAUAGUUCUUCUAACCCUGCCGCGUAUUUCUGAAGCAGAGUAAAUAGGAAGUAUACAACCCCUUGUUUCUCCGCUGACGCCUCCUGGGAAUGGUUAGUUUCCAAAAAUAACGGUGAGCCAUAAGUGAAAUAUGUCCAACUCCCAAAUAUCAAUUUAGAAUUCGCAAAAGGCCUACAGUUAGCUUUCAGGUGCCAUCGAAUAUAUGUCGAAAAUUCAAGCUGAAUCUAACGCACGUUGGAGAAACGGUCUUUGAUUUUGUUAACUAUAACGGGUUUUUCCUCCUCAGUACUUUGCGAAGAUAUAUAAGUUAAAUUGUGUCAAGUGACCUUGCAACUUUGUUGGCGGAGCUAAGGACGCAAAGAGGACUGAGCUGUUCAAGCCUAGUGGGCCUGUAUAAUAAGCCAAGCGGUAACGAUAAGUCUUUACUUUAGUCUAGGGCCGUAUGCAGUCUUGUCGCUGCCGGCUUCACUCGUGUAAGGCUCCGUAAAAUUGGGUAUAUUUUGGUUUGGCGGUUCACACAUGCUGCACAAUUGAGUAGGGCCUAACCUUGUUUGAUCUUGCAUAUAUUCAUCCUCCAAGGCCACUUAGAAGGGCCAUGUCCUCAGCCAACUUGCUCCAUUGGAGAGCUUGCUACUAACAUAUGACCUUUCGAGUUGCUAUUUACUGUAAAGUUGAGGCGAGACAGAGAAAUUUGGUGCCUUGGGCGUACAUUACUAGUUUUGAACAAUGCAGUCCUCUGUUUGGCUACAUCUCCUAGGGUCUGUUUUUAAUUACCUCUUCUUCCUCGCUAAGGUGGCUCCGACGGUGUGGUUAAUACGUGGGAUGGCUUUAACCGCAAAUGGUUGGCUCAGUUCGAGAAGUAUCCAACCUCAAUCUCCAGCCUGGACUUCUCAGAGGACGGGACUCAGUUAGCCAUCGCCUCCUCCUACAUGUUCGAACGCGGUGACAUUCCCAACCCACCCGAACCAGCCAUCUUUAUACGUACCGUGGCGGACUGUGAAGUGAAGAGGAAACAGGCUGCUCCUGCGACAACCGCCACCACCGUGGCCUCCUCAAAGUAG